UAUAUUUCAAAACCACAAUCAAACCACCAGACGAACCAGUAAUUUUAAAUCAUUAAACUCUUAAUUUUUUCUUUCUUUUUUUUCAAGACGAUUCAGUAUCUGAAAUUGGCUGAAGGACACCUGCUUUUUAAAAAUAUUAUAAUACCUGCAGAAGAAGAAGAAGAAGGAAGAACAAUAAUACAUAAGUAGAACGAAAAACAAUUUUUUAUAACAACCAUGAUCAUUGCUGUUGUACUCAAUACAUAUAAAUGUUUUUUAAAAUUCAAUUUAUAGAAAAAAAAAAAAAAACAUAAAAAGAACCGAAAAAAAGACAUUUACUUAUUGGUUGUCAAGAAUUUAAGGCAUAGCAGAAAUAUCAAUAAAUGAAAUCAGCGUGUAACGAUGAUUUUGGCAUCAAGUAUUUUUGAUAGUAACCUUGAACAUACUGACAUGUUUCGUUAUGAUAAAAAUUAUCCUACAAAGUAUCAUUAUUAUUUAUUUAUUUAUUUACUUAUUUAUUAUUAAUUAAUUAAUUUAUUUAUUUAAUCAUGUAUUUAUUGACUGUGGAUUGUGUAGCAUCUGUUAUUGCGGUUAUGAGAAAAUAAAUAUAUAAAAAAAUCAGAUGCCUGUUUUAUUGAGAGACAGGGAACACAACACAAUCGUCGUUCAUAUUCAGUCGUAUACGAACCAUCCGGGUGUCGACUCGAGAAAGUAUCUGUUAAAGAUAGUGAUAAAAAUGAAAACUUGGUAAACAAUUUAAUAAAAACCCCAGUGAAUAUUUAUAAUCAAUAAAAGUCAUAUUAAACAUACUGAUUAUUUAAGAAUUAAUUUUGUUCGUUGUAAAUAUUUAUAAAAAAUCAACAAGUGGAUUUGAUCAUUUAACCGGUUGGAUAUUUAUCGUGCUACAUUUUACAUCAACAAGUUUUUUCUAUGAUUAAUUAAAUAAUAAUUAACAGAGUUUCCGUCAAGAUGAAAGGGGGCGGCCAGCUUGGCCUUCUCCUUUGGAAGAAUUACGUAGUCCGGAAACGGCAAACGGGAGUGCUUGGCCUUAUUUUUCUUUGGCCAAUUGUGAUAUUUUUACUUUUAUAUAUACUACGAAAAAAUGUGGAUACUGAAGAUAAUCCAACAUGUCAAUUUCCUGCAAGACUUAUGCCACGUGAUGGACUAUUACCAUUUGCUCAAAGUUUCAUCUGCAGUAUUAGCAAUCCUUGUGAGCCUUUAGAAAAUUAUGAAGAAAUACCAUCUUACAAAAAAGCCAAACUGGGACCUUUGAUAAUGGAUCUUCAGCCAGUAUUGAAUAAUAAAACAAUUCUUACAGCUGUUGGCAUACUUCCAAAAAGUGUCAAAUUAUUACGAUCAAUGAUUGAAACACUGACAGUACCAGAUAUUAAACAAAUGUUUGUUGGUGGUUUAUUACUCAGUGAUUUAUUUGUUAAUGUUACUGAUGUAAAAGAUUCAUUUAAUGAACUGCUACCAGAUGCCAGAGAGAAUCUUGUCAAUGAUCUUUUUGAUACUCCAAUAAAUCUUAUUAAUCUUGUUGAUCCUUUUGAAUCAUCUGAUCUAGAAGAUAAUAUUUUUGUACCAGAAACACUUGAACAAUUUCUCGCUGCAGUUGAUAAAGAAGACAUGCCAAAAUUAUCAAGAGCUCUUCGUAAUGUUGAUACUAAUCAAAUUCCACUUGUGUUUGAUCAAUUAAUUAAAAAUUUGGAUUGGUCAAGAUUUUCAGAAAUUGUUAAUAAUAUAACAGCUACUUUGGAAAGUUAUAAUCUCAUUGAUGACAUUACUAUUACUAUCACAAAAAUUUUGGAUCUUGAUAUUUUUAAAAAUAACAUACCAACAUUUUUAAAACUUCGUGAACGACUACCAGAAAUGCUUUCACUAUUUAAAGAUUUUAAUUUACAAAAAAUUGAUUAUGAAAUUGUACAUGAAUUAAUUGAAAAGCUAGAUUCAACACUUGAUGAUUCAAAUGUAUCAAUUGCUCGUGAAAGUAUGUUAAAAUUUAUGUCACUUCUCGAAUUGAUAAAAAAAAUUGAAUAUAAAAAUUUCAAGUUUGAUAAUUCAAUGAUUUUUACUCUGGAUGAUAGUAAAGAAAUUGAUCAAUUAAAUUUGAAACAAAUUAAACGUGUUGCGAGUGUUAUUGAUGAUAAUUACAUUAUGUCUUCGAAGAGUGAUUUAUUGAUGAGAAGUUUACCAGUUAAUAACACUGAUGAAAUUGAAUUAGCUGCAAAACUUUUUGAUAAUUUGUUGAAUGUUUUAUCUGAGGAUACUGUUAAUUCUUUGACAUAUAUUUUAUCAAUGCUGGACAAUGUGUUUCAAUUGAUCCAGCAUAUUUUUAUUGUUCAUGGCGAUAUGGAAGAAAAGAUAUACAAUAUAACAAAAAAUCAUCGAGUGAUUGUUGAUAAAAUUAUGGCAGAAGUUAAUCCAAAAAUAUAUAGAAAUAUUAUUAGUUCAUUUAUGAGAUUAGAUUUUGCAGAAAAGUUUGCUGAGUUAAGUGACAAACAACAGAUAGCCGAGGUCGUAUGCAACAACACUGUUGAUAAAUUAAUAUUUCACGAUAAAUUAGAAAAGCUUGGAGCAGUUGAUGCGUAUGAUUUAAUUUGCAGUGAUGAAGGAAAACAAUUAAUUACUGAUAUCUACAAUUUAUUUGAAUUUAAUAAAUUCAAAAAAAUUAUCAAGGACACUGUGUUUACCUUUAUUAGUAUGAAAUUACAUCGGCCAUUAAAAAAAAAUAAUUUCACAUCAUCAAUUGAGAGUAUCAGAGAGUUUUUUUAUUACAAUCAUUAUUCAUCAGCAAAAAUAUUAAACUGGAAUUAUUUAUUUACUACUGUAGAGUGGAAAAAUAUAUACAACGAAACUUAUGACGAAACAAAAAUAUCUAUUUUUGGCUAUUAUCUUAGUAUUGUAAAAUUAAUAGUAACUCAGAGUUAUUCUCUUGAAGGAUUAAAAUUAAAUAUUGAAAAAGUUGAUUUAAUUGCUGAUAAAAUACUUGAGAAUUUGAAUAAAAUAUCGGGAGACUGGGUGAGCCAAGUUUACGAGUAUAAAUCGGAAUUAUUAGAAUCUUUUUACUCGACAGUUUAUGAUAAAAAGAAAAUGAUGAAAAUACUUGAAUUUUCAAAUUUUACAAGGUCUUAUUGUAGUGUUGAGAGUACUAGUGAGUUAAUAAAUUAUCCAAUAAAAUCAAAUGCCAAAUUCUUGAAGAGUCUUGUCUGUCGGUUGGCCAUGGUUGUUCAAAAAUUACUCAACAUUAGUAUUGAUAAAUUGGAAUCUCUUGAUAAAACAUCAAACUUUACGCUUAUUAACAAAAAACUUGUUUUAAUAUACGCUCACAUUGUUAAACAAUCUCAAAUUGAUAAUCAUAAUUUAAUAAAUUAUCUCGAUGAAUUUAGAAAAAAUUUAACGAUAGCUUGGACUACGAAUCUCAACUCUGCUGAUGGAUUGCAAAUCAGCGUAGGUCUUUUGUACAAAUUAUUCGACAUAGGAGAGAGCCCACUAUUCAAUAUUCAAGCAUCAGCAAUAGGGAAAAAUUUAUACGCUCUUGCUAUGUCAUUUACGUCAAUUGCUGAUAAUAUAGAACAAGCAUUGGAUGAAAUUUUAAAAUUUAAAAGUCCCGAAAGACUUAAUAAAAUAAUUCAAAAUAUGCCAGAAUCAAAAAUAUUUUUAGAUGCUAUUUUUCAUGAUCGUUUAGCAAUUGUUCAAGAUAUUGUUGAUAUAUUUAAUCAAAAAAUUUCUAUUCAACCAGUUCAAGUGAUGAAAAAUUAUCUAGAAAAUGAUAUGAACAGAGCAUGUAGUGAUAAUCAGAAUUUUAGUAAAGCUUUAGAAUAUCAACCGGAAAAAUUUCAACAACAGAUUGACAGAAUAUCUUGUAAUAAAAGUCAUUUUAUCAAAGAAUUUAAUGAACAUUCAAAUGCUGAACAAGUACAUCAUAUUGUUAGCGAUGAAAAAUCUGUACUAGCUUUUAAUUGGACAUCAGGUUACGUGGAUUUUCGAAGACUUGUUAAUAAAUUCUUGGUUCUUAUGAAAAAUGAUAAUUCAAUUGAUCCAAAGUUGACGGAUAUUUCAGUGGAAUUAAAAAAAUUAAUUACUAAUUAUGAAUCAGAAAAACGAAUGAAUGCUUUGCUUGAUUAUAUUGAUGCAAAAAUUGACGAAAGUAUUCCAAUUUUUCAGUCAAAUUUUACUGUAGAAAAUACCUGGAUGUCAAUUGGCAACCCUCGAGGUCCAAAUGACAUCCUAAUCAUGGCUAAAUUUGCUUCAAAAAUUAUUCAUGAUGCUAUCAGUGUCAUACUAAAUUCAUUUCAAAGUCAAACAAAAAGUAUUAAUAUUUUACGUUUAUUUGGAAUUGGCCCGAAAAGUCCUUUCUCAUUAUUUCGAAAUCAUUUUCAUGAUAUUUUUGCAACGCUUCUGUAUGGAAUUACAGAUAAAAAUUUUGAAUAUUUAAUUUAUCAUAAUACGACAAGCAAAGACAGCCUAACAUGUUCAAAAUUAUUCUCGUGGUUUUUUAAUUAUAAAAUUGGCUUGACAGUUGAAGAAUACUGGAGUCUAAAAAAUUUUACAUGUGAUAGAGAUUACAAUGAUUUUAAUGAUUUUUUAAAUCUUUAUAUAAAGCAAAUUAAAUUAUGGAAAACACCGGUUAUUAAUUAUCAAAAUCAUUUCGUUCGUUUGCCAAAAGACAUAAGUGAUUUUAUUAAUGUAAUUAAAAAAAUUCAAAAUGGAACAAUAAAAAUUUCUCCGCUUGUAGAUAAUAAUUAUUGGAAAAUUAUUAUUAAUAAUUUAAAAAAUUUACUUGAGGCACAUAAUUUACUUACAAGAAUAUCAGCCACUCCGAGUGUUGAGUUUCGAUGGUCUAGAUAUCGUCUUGUUAUUGAGGCAUUAUCCCAAGUAUUAAAAAACGCAGCUGAUGUGCUGAAACAUAAUAAAAUAAAUGACAAUGAGCUACAUCUUUGGAACAUGGUAAAACCUGGAGACAUUCAUGAGCUUCUUAAAUAUUUAGAGGAACAUCCAAUUGAAACUAUAUCAUUUAUUGCAACACUUGGGUCAUUAAAUUUAACAAUGACUUCUGAGACAAUUGUUAGUGAACUUAAAUAUUCAAUGUGUAGUUUACAUUUUAAUCAUUCCGAAUUUUGGCAUAAAUCACAACGAAAAUAUUUUUUGACUAAAUUGUGUACGUAUGAUGUCUAUCAAUUGUUGAGCAGUGUGACUAAUGAAGAGUAUGCUGAUUAUGUCGCUGGGAGAAGUACGUCAUUGCAAAGCUCUGAGCCUUUGGCAAUUUGUCUGUUUGAAUUUUUAGAUGCUUGGAUAAAUGUAAACAAUAAUUCAGGCAAAAAUUUGCAAUUUAAAUCAAAUAUUAUUAAUACUAGCACUUGGCUAAAAUUACCGGAUGAAGCUAAAUCAUUAAUUAGCGAUUCACAAAAUAUUGUGAUGCAUAAAAUUUUUCAACAAUUUAAUUUGUUUAAUAAUGAGCUUAAAUCUUCUUCAGAUAUCGUUGAAAUUUAUAAUACUUUUGGUGAUAGUCCCUUGGGUGCUCUUUGGAAAAUUAUACAUGUUGGUGACAUUUGGACAGACAUUGUCACUAGUGAAGAUGCUUGGGGAACACUUAAAAACCUGACAAUUAAAAAUCAACGACUCAAAAUAAUGCUAAAUCUCAUUGAAGAUAUGCCAAAUUUAUUUAUUUCAACUAUCGACACUUAUUUGAACUCAGAAAGAUUAACUGAUUUCUUAAAAAAAAUUUUUUCUGGCCAAGUAAAUGCUUGUGAAAUUAGCAAGUAUUUGAUUCCAUCAAAAUAUAUUAAGAAAAAAAAUAUCAUCUCAAGUAUUACGGAUUUUUGUCAGUUUAUUGUAUCAAAUAAUAAACAGCAGUUAUUAAACACAAGUAUGGAAGAAUAUUUUCAGCCACUUCUUCCAGCUAAUUUUAUUGACAAUAAAAAUUUUCUUUUCGUCACUGAGACAAUCAACGAUAAGGGCAAAAAAAAAUUUCAUGUUUCUUUGAAUGAAUCUUACUUUUUCGUACCAAUUAAACAAUUUCAAACAAUAUUAUUACGAAUUUUUUCUCAAGACAAUAAAUUGUCCAGUGUUCCAUCAUGGUUAACGUCAUUUGAAAAAAAUACACUACAUGAUUUUAAAAAACAACUUGAAAAACGUGAUACAAGAGUACUGGCACAUUCAGCUAUUUCAAAGUCAAUGAAAAUAAUAAAAGAAAUAUUAUUUACACCAGGGCAAUUAAAAACUUUAUGCUCAUCAUGUAAUACUCAUGUUUUAGAAAUUAUAAAUUCACAAUUGGCUGAUCAUCAAAUUUACACUGAUAUUCUCUGUAAAUUUUCAAAUAUAACGACAGCUGAAAUACAAGAUAUCAUAGACAAAAAAUUGUAUUGGAAAAAAACAAUUGGCAUGAUAAGAAAUUAUAAAUAUUUAAAUAAAAAAAAAGAUGUUGAAAGUUUUAUAACUGCAAUACAAAGUACAUUACAUUAUUUAACAGAUAUUAUUAUAAAUUAUAAUACAGUUGAAAAAAAUAAUAUCAAGGAUUGUAUGUUAAAUGCUUCAAAAAGUAUGAAUAAUAUUUAUCCAAAUUUUUAUGUUAAUUUUAUCAUUCAAAUAAUUGAUGUACUUAAAAAAAAUGUUAAGAUUUUAGAUACUUCAGCUAAUCAUGAUUUACUAAUUGAGUGUACAAGAUUAAUUGAAAAAUCAAUUGCCAAUUGGAUACCACUGGAGAAUAUUGUAAUGAAAACAAAAAUCAAUGAUGUUAAAAAAUAUUUUCCAAAUGCUAAAAUUAAUAUUAAUUUAUUGCUUGAUAAAAAAAAUAAUUUUAUUUGCAUGAAAAAUCAUGAUAAAUGUGAUAUUAAAAAUUUAGAAAUUUUUUUAAACACAAAAGAAGGUGGUAAACUUAUAAAAUACGAUUCAAUUGUAUCAAAUUAUCCAACAACUUCAGAAAUAGCUAAAAUUUUAUUUAAAAAUAUUGACUAUGAAUUAAUAAAACGUGAACAGCUAAAAGCUUCAUCAAACUUGUCAUGGUUGGAAAAUAUUUUAGACAAUAUGUCAAUUAUUUUUGUUGAAAGUUUAAAUUUGUUUGAUACUGUCAAUAAAAUUGAUUUUAAGGAUGUGUCAAGUGUACUUGAUGGUGGUGACGUGGCUGAUAGUGUUGUCAGUCUUUUGAAAAAUCAAACUAUUGAUAAACUUUUUAAUACACUUAGAAAUAUUCCUGACUACGUAAAUUUAUUUUUCAACAAUAAACAAGACAAAUAUGACCUUGAAUCUUUAGUGGAUAUACUGGAAUCAAUGAAAGUAUUAAAAAAUUUAAUUUCUUUAAAUAUAAAAUAUAAAACUUCAGAAAUGUUUUCAAAUUGGAAUGAAAUUAAAAAAUUUCUAGCAAAUGAUAUUAAUUUAUCAAAUGAAACAAUUCAAAUUUUUGGUAAAUCUGAUGUUAACAUGCUUUCAAUUAUAAGAAAAAAACGUGAAAUUGCAAAUCUUAAAGAUACAUUUUGUUCCCUAAAAACUCUUCAAAGCUUAUUGAAUUUUAAUAAUUCAAAAACAAAUGCUGAAGAAGUAAGUAAAAUAUUAUGUUCAUUAGAUGAAAUGACAAUUCAAAAUAUAACAGUGGCUCUUGUUAAAAAUGUAAACUAUGCUUUUGUUAUUAAAAUAUUGUUAAAUGUUAAUAUGGAUAGUAUGCUGAGAAAAGCUGAUUUAACAAAAGCUGAUGCUAAAAUUAUUUUUGAUAAUAUUGCUGUGAUUGAAGAAAUAGUACCAUUUUUUCAACAAAAAUUAUCUUUUGGUUUAUUUAUUAAUUUGCCAAGUACUAAGCAGUCAUCUUCAUCUGAUAGCAAUAUGUCAAGUGGACAAUUUCUUCAAGAUGCCAGUAAAUUAAUGUGUGGACAUGAGCUAUUGUCAGACAAUGGACAAUUUUAUCGGCUUAUAAGUAGCUUAAAAGAUAAUAACAAAUAUUAUGAUGAUAUGGAAUUAAAUUCUCUGCCAACAGAUUUUUGUAGAAAUAUUUAUAAAAAUGUUUUAACAAUGACUGGAGGUAAAAUUAUUUGGUCAUAUGUAAAACCUUUAUUACGUGGAAGAAUUUUAUAUACACCAAAUUCACUGCCAUUUGAAAAAGUAAUGGGUCUUGCAAAUCAAACAUUUAUAGAACUAGAAAAUUUACAAAAUUUAAUGUUAAAUUUAGAAAAAACUCUUACAUUACUUGCAAGUUUAGGUGACAUGGGUGAUAAAUUAAAAGAUUUUAAAGAAGUCAUGGAUUCAGAAGUUAUGAAAAUUGCUAUAAAAUCAAUGAGUAAAGGAAAAUUUAAUGGUGAAUUUUUUAAUCAUGAUUUUAGUCAAGUUGCUUGGAUAUUAAAAAAAUCAAUUAAAAUUGUAAAAAUGCUUGAUAUGCUUAAUAAUUUAUUGGAUUGUAUACUUGUUAAUAGAAUUGUAGGAUUAGAAACAGAAGAAAAAUUAGAAGAAGAAGCAAAAAAAUUAACAAAUACAAAUGAAUUUUUAGCAGGUGUAGUUUUUAUAGAAGAUAAAAAUAAUAAAUUGAUAAAUGAAAAUUCGAAUAAAAUAGGAAAAAGCAUUGAUGAUAAUUUACCAAUUAAUGUUACUUACAAAAUUCGUAUGGAUAUAGAUUUUGUGCCAUCAACAAAAAGAAUAAAAAAUCAAUUUUGGUUACCAGGACCAGAAUCAUCAUUCAUCGAAGAUCUACGUUAUCUACGAGGAUUUGUUCAAAUUCAAGACUCAAUUGAUCGAUCAAUUAUAGAAAUAAAAACUGGAAAAACAUCAAAUUGGAAAACACUGAGUCAACAAAUGCCAUAUCCUUGUUGGAAAUUUGCACCAUUUCAAUCAACUCUUUAUGAAUCACAAGGUUUAAUACUUUGUUUUUUUUUUGCUUUAAUGCUGUGUGCUGGUGCAACAGUUAGAAAUGCUGUUUGGGAAAGAGAAUCACAAAAUGCCAUGGUAAUGAGUGUUAUGGGUUUAAAACCAUGGAGAAAUACAUUUGCUUGGUUUAUAACAUCAAUUAUUGAAUUGACAAUUGUUGCUGUAUCAAUAUGUUUGAUUCUCAUUGUAGGAAAAAUAUUACCAAAUUCAAAUCCAAUUUUACUUAUGAUUUUAUUGAUGGAUUAUGUAUUUUCAAUAAUUACAUUUUGCUAUAUGAUAUCAACAUUUUUUAGCUCAGCAAGUCUUGCAGCAAUAACAACUGUUGUCACAUUUUUAUUGACUUAUCUACCAUUUAUUAUUGUCAUAUCAAUGCAAGCAACAUGGCAUGGAACAUUGGCACUUGGCUAUAAUCUUUUACUUUGUCUAAGUAUGUCAACGAGUUUUUGCUAUGGACUUUUGUAUGCAGCACGACGUGAAGUUCAAGGAACAGGUCUCACCUGGGAAACUAUUUGGGAUCGUACAAGUUCACAUGAUCAAAUGUCACUUGGAAUAGUUUUACUUAUGAUAGCACUUGAUGGUUGUAUUUAUGCUGUUAUUGGCUAUCUCAUUGAUAGAUAUACAAAUUCAGAUAUAGGUUUUCAACAAUUAAGAUCACGUAGUUUGUGGUGGGACAAUAACAGUGUUAUCUACGGUCAUCAAAGCUACCUUAGCUUCGUCAACAGCCUCUAUUUCACUAAUGAUGCACUUCACAUUUCGUCUAAUUAUCAAGAUGAAGCAAGUGAUUCAAGCAGUAUAAUAGUCAGUGAAAAAUACGUGGGUGUCAGUUUUGAAGGAGUAAAAAAAUCAUUUAAAAGUGAAAGAGGAGAAAUUAUUGCUGUCAAUGAUUUUACAUUAAAAUUACGUGGUGGUGAAGUUACAAGUCUUCUUGGUAGAAAUGGUGCUGGUAAAACAACAAUAAUUAAAAUGUUAACGGGAAUGUUAAAACCAACUUGUGGUGAAAUUCAUUUGAAUGGUGUAAAUGGAACAAAAGCAAAUAUAGGUGUUUGUCCACAAAAUAAUGUUUUAAUUGAAAGUUUAACACCAAGAGAACAUAUGAAUUUUUAUGCAAUAUUAAAAGGUUCAAUGAAUGAAGAAGAAAUUGAUAAAAAUGUUAAUAACAUGAUGAUAUCAUUAGAAUUGGGAAAACAAGAACAUGAACUUGUUUCAAGACUUUCUGGUGGUACAAAGCGACGUCUUUGUGUUGCUUUGGCAUUUAUUGGAUCUCCAAAUCUUGUUAUACUAGAUGAACCAGGUGCAGGUGUUGAUCCAGCAGCAAGAAGACGAAUAUGGCGACUAAUUGAUCAGCACAGAUCAAAUAGAACUAUUUUACUUUCAACUCAUCAUCUUGAUGAAGCUGAUAUGUUGAGUGAUACAGUUGUUAUUAUGCAUCGUGGUAAUAUUCUUUGUACUGGAUCACCACUAACUUUAAAAAAAACUUACGGUCAGGGUUAUUGGAUAAAUAUGGCUUUUUCACAUGAUGAAUUAAAAGAAAAUGAUAUUGAAUUAAAACAAAAAAAUAUAAUUUCUCUUGUUGAAAAUGUUGCUCAAAAUGGAAAGACUCUUGUUAAUGAUAAUUUUUCAGUUGCAACAGAAGUAAGCAUUAAUAUUCCAUUCAAUGAUAAAAAUGGAGCUACAAAUGAUAUUGAAAAAGUAUUGCAUACACUUGAGGACAAUGAAAAUAAUCUCAAAUUUUCACGUAUGUCAUUGGAAUGUGAUACACUGGAGCAUGUAUUUUUAAAUCUUUGUUCCAAAUCAGAUGAACAAAAAAAAAAAAAACAAGAAACUCAAGUUAUUAUUGGUGUUGAUAAUAAUGCAGAAUUUAUGACAAAAGAAAGUAUAAUAAAACCUUCAUCAUUUCGACAAAUUAAAGCAUUAUUAAAAAAAAGAUUUUGGCAUUUUUCAAGAGAUUGGAGAGCACCAAUUGCAACAUUAAUUUUACCAACAAUAUUUGUCGCAUUUGCUAUGGGUUUUUCACUUGUUCGACCACCUUCAGGCAACGAGCCAGCUAUGGAUUUAAGCCCAAAACUUUAUGGUGAACACUCAACAUUUUUCUACAGUAUUGAUAAUAAUUCAGAUGUAUUUCUUCAGCAUGUACUAUAUCAAAUUCAUGAUCAGUUUAUUGGCAAGUACGAAGCUGUUCAUAAAGUUCAAGCAAACGACACAGGAACUUGUGAAUGCACAGAUGGAAAUCAAAUUUGUCAGGGUGUUGCAAAAUCAGUAGAAGGACUUGUUCAAACUCUUCAUGGACCACCAACUCUUGAAUGGAUUGUCUCGACUCUUCACGAAUAUAUUGAAAAAAGAUAUGGAGGAUGGUCACUGUCUCACUUGAUGCAAGAUCCAGUAUUUAUUGUUUGGUUUAAUAAUAAAGGAUAUCAUUCACUUCCGUCAUUUUUAAAUGCACUAAAUGAUGCUAUUCUUCGUGCUUCAGGAAAUUCUGGUCAUUUAAAAACCAUCAAUCAUCCAAUAAAAUUAUCAAGUGAUCAACUUAAUAGAACAACUUUACUACAACAUGUAGCAGAUAUUGGAAUUGCUUUGGUUUUAUUAACGGCUUUUAGUCUUGUUGCUGCACAAGGUACAAAAGAACUUGUACGAGAACGUAUUUCAGAAGAAAAACGUAUAUUAUAUUUAGCUGGUGUACAUCCAGUCACGUACUGGACAUCAACACUUGUUUGGGAUUUUUUUAUAUUUUUGUGUUCAAUUGGAUGUGCCAUUAUUGUAUUUGAAAUAUUCGGUCUUCCUGCUUAUGUUGCCAGGGAUAAUCUUCUUGGUAUUUGUAUCAUUCUAUUUCUCUUUGCUUGGGGAGCAGUACCUUUUGCUCAUCUUUUUGAAAAAGUAUGUAACGAUUCAAGCAUAUCAAAUAUGGUGCUAUUUUGUGUCAACACAUUCAUCGGUGUUUUUUGUCUAUCAACAAUUUUAAUUAUUGAUAUUUUGGGUAAAAGUGAUGCAGCGAAAAAUGCUCGUGAAAUACUUCACAAUUUAAUGCUUUUAUUUCCUCAAUAUGCAUUUGCUGAUGCUGUUAUUCGUUUAUCAACAAAUGAUAUUGCAGCUGAACUUCUUCAACGAUUUAAUAUGGAUACAUACAAAUCUCCACUUGGCUGGGAUCUUCUUGGACCUAAUUAUGCAUGUAUGUUUAUUGUUGGAAUAAUUUAUUAUUUAAUUAAUCUUGCAAUUGAAUGUCGUAUAAUUCCUCAAUUAUCAUGGAAAAAAAAUAACAAUCAAAAUAAUGUAAAUGACGAAGACAAUGAUGUAGCAGAAGAAAGAAUUAGAGUUGAAAAAAAUACAAGUAAAGAUUUAAUUAAAACAAUAAUGCUAAGAAAAGAAUAUACAAGUGUUUAUGGAAAAAAUAUUGCAUUAAAAAAUUUGAGUAUUGGUAUUGAGGCUGGUACUUGUUUUGGUUUAUUGGGUGUUAAUGGAGCUGGUAAAAGUACAACAUUUAAAAUGUUAACAACAGAAUUAAGACCAACUUCUGGUCGUAUUAUAAUAAAUAAUUGUGAAAUUAAUGGAAGACCACUUUGUAAUGGUGAAAUUGGUUAUUGUCCUCAAGGUGAUGCUUUAGAUGGUUUUCUUACACCAUAUCAAUCUUUAACAAUACACGGAGAAAUUUGUGGUCUUGAAAAUGUGCCAAGAUCAGUUGAAAUAAUGUUAAAAAGAUUUGAUUUAGUCAAGUAUACACAUCAAAGAAUAUCUAGUUUAAGUGGUGGUAAUAAAAGAAAGCUUUGUGCUGCAAUAAGUGUUAUGGCACCAGUGUCAGUUGUUUUAAUGGAUGAACCAACAAGUGGUAUGGAUCCAGCAUCAAAAGAACUCGUUGGACAUGCUGUUCGUGAAAUAAUAAAAACACAAAGAUGUGUUAUUAUGACAUCGCACAGUGUUGCUGAAUGUGAAAAGCUUUGUACUCGUAUUGGAAUUCUUGCUAAAGCAGGACUUCGAUGUAUUGGUACUGUUCAGCAUUUAAAACACAAAUUUGGUGAAGGAUACGUGGCUUUUUUGAGAUUCAAUCAACCAAUUGAAAUAAAAAAAAUAAAUAAUUCAAUAUCAAAUUAUUUUUCAAUGGCCAAAAUUUCAUCAAGACAAUCAACAGCAGCAAGAUUUUUAAUUCCAAAAAAUAAAGAAAUAAAACUUAGUGAAACUUUUAGAAAAUUAAAACAGGUAGCUGAGGAAUUAAAUGCUGAUGAUUAUACACUUACUCAAAGUUCUUUAGAUCAGGUGCUGGUCAAUUUUUCUGAAGAACUUGAUGAUGAUUCUCUGGUAUCAGAGAAUAAUUUAAGAGGUAGAGUUAAUUUUGCAAAUUCAUGUUCAAGCAUGGACGACAUACAUAUGGAGACUUUUUAAUAAAAUACAUAUGUACAUAUUUAUAAUAUAAAAAGAAACAAAAAAAAAAAAACCAAAUAAAGUCUUCAAUAAAAUGAAUAAAUUAUUUAAUGUUAAAAUAAAUAUUUAAUUUAAUUUUUUUGCAUUAAAUUUAUUUUAAAAUUUAUAAUUGUUUUGGCAUAGUUUUGUGGUUGGCAAUAUAAUUUUGCAGAUUGUCAGAAUAAAUAGAUAAGAUGAAGGACUGACAAGUAUUUGUUAGACAACGUGCUAGUCAUCGAAAUUCGAUGAACAAUGUCUAAUAUUUUUAACAGAAUUAUGUUAUACAAUUUAGCCGCAUAUACAUUUAUGGAAAUUUUAUUAUUUUCAUUAUAGUUAUACGAAAACCUCAAAUUCAACUUGAGAUUAGUUUUGUCUUGUUCUUCUCAUAACGACUACUUGCUGCAGUAACAAAUGUGUUAUGCAACAAUGCAUAUUCAUGUACAGCUGUACAACUAUUACUGGUAAAUUCAACUCGGCAUUAUGUCUCGAAAAUUCAAGAUUCCAAAACUUGCUUAAUGCAACAUAGUAGACAACAUUUUCGGUUAUCUAAUUGUUUUAAAAGAUUUAAUUCAUCUAUAUUUUUAAAUUUUAUUUUAUACCAAAAAAGUUCAAAGUAAAUUUUUCAUAGCUUGAUGUAUUUCAAAUGAGUUUACUUGGUUUUUAAAUUAAACAGAAAAAUAAUAAUAAUUCGAUUUGAAGAAAAAAAAAAAAUCAAUGAUGUUUGAAAUAUAAUACUGACAGGCAAUUUGGUUAUCUUCUUGUAAAAAAAAAAUAAAAUAAAAACUAAUCCUUGAUUUAUUGAUUAUUGUUGAAGUCCUAGUUGUGUUUUCUUUUUUUUUUUUAUAUUUAUCCACUCUUAGGCGAAUCUUUGUCCAUGACCGUCCUUGCCAGUGACCUAAAUACUUGUGAGCCACAAAAUAUAUAUAAACUGCCAAAAUGGCCAGGCGG